UUUGGAGACGCCCUCCUCAUUUCUCUCUCUCCCACCCCUCUCCCCUCUCUCCCCCUCUCGGCCUCUCCCUCCCCUGCGAGCUCACGCCCCCACGAGCGCCUCUGUUGCGAGAGAGGCAGGCGGAGCAGGGGGCGUGCCGCGGGGAGACGAUGGAUCUGGAGAGGUCGUCGCCGGCUUCGCCGGCAGAGGCGGGCGGGGGCGGGGCGUGCUCCAUCUGCCUGGAUCCGGUGCUCGGCCGUGGCGGGGCUAGGUCCGUCGCCAAGCUGCAAUGUGGCCACGAGUUCCACCUAGACUGUAUUGGAUCCGCAUUCAAUGCAAAAGGAGCAAUGCAAUGCCCUAAUUGUCGGAAGAUUGAGAAAGGUCGUUGGCUUUAUGCAAGCGGACAUCGCCCUUCUCCUGAUAUUGAUAUGGGUGGCUGGGUGACUGGUGACACCUAUGAUAUCACCUCUGAGCUUCCAUUUGGAUUUCAAUGGUGCCCCUUUAGUGGAUUCACUCAGCCAACGUCCGUGUUUCAGGAGCGUGAAGCUGAGCCAACUUCCUAUCACACAGUUGGAGAUCACUCGAGUGCUGCAAGCAGUUCACUUGUUUGUUCGUAUCUUGCCCUGCGUGGUUUUCUCCAUCCUGUCCAUGUGCCUUCUACUUCUAAUUCUGGUGCUGAAAGCACUUCAUUUCAUCGGCAUUCAACUGGCUUGGAAGGCCAUGCAACUCCUGAUUUGAGCAAUGCUCAAAUUUUCCCUGCGACCGAGUCAAGGAAUCACAACAGUGAGCACCGAUAUUUGAGUAAUCUUCAUGUAUCAGGAAUUCCUGAUCAUUCUAUGACUCCAUUUGGUAUAGGACUACCGAGAUAUGACAGCAGCAGCCAACAGAGAUCCAGAUCGUAUCCACAUCAUCAUCCCCUAAUCCAUAGGCCAACACCUCGCAAUGGAAGCAAUUUGGUGGCACCAUUAGGGUCAGUUUCAGCUGUCGUGGCAGAGACUAGAGGCCAUGGUCAUGGUGCAAGAGGUCAUAUGUACCAACAGUCGAUGCACUCUAUGCAGAGCAGCCCAUUCCCUCCUACCACUAGAAGGGUUAGGCCGAGGGCCUUGGCAAUUACAUCUUUCAUUGCAGCAUCAUCUUCGUCUGAGAUUGGAGGGCCUCAUGAAUUUUCGGCCCCUGGAGCUAUCAACAGGAGCGUUCCUGAUGCAGAGGGCAUCUCUACACCCGUGGAUCGACCAUAUGCGUUGGGACGGGAGGGCUUUGCCCCAUUCCCUUGGAUCCAUGCUGAGGGCGACUCUCACUGGUGGGGGGACACCUUCAAUCCUAUCCAGAACCAUGCACAUGGAACUUUUACUCGAAGGCCUACUGGCGAGCAGAUGCCCCAGCCUGUGCCUCCCCAGAGGAUGCCGCCAUUCUUGUGAUCUGUGAAGGCUUCUCCUAUUGUUGUGUAUAUCUCUAAAUUAGUUGAAAUUGUCUGAUUCUAGACUCAAGAAACAGAUGGAAGAAGACGUUGCAGCAUCGAAAUCUGGUCGUUUAAGGGACUUGAAUGACGUUUUGCCGCCGGUAUUUUAGGGCUUUCCGUCCAGCAGCCCUUAGGUGUCAUUGAGGGCUGUAGUUUAUCCUACCUAGUAUGUUGCCUUGAGCAGAACUACUUGGAAACAUGAGCCAAACUGUAUCUCUGGUAGCUAGGACAAAACAGCAAAGAGUGCAGCUACGAACAAGGCAGUGAUUCAUUUGCGCA